GAGGAGCUGAUGACACUGGCAUAUGAAAAUGGGAUCAAUCUGUUCGACACAGCUGAAGUUUAUAGUGCUGGAAAGGCUGAAUCUGUCUUGGGAAGUAUCAUAAAGAAGAAAGGAUGGAGGCGGUCAAGUUUAGUCAUCACCACCAAAAUCUUCUGGGGCGGAAAAGCAGAAAUGGAAAGAGGAUUGUCUAGAAAACAUAUAAUUGAAGGUCUGCGGGCAUCACUAGAGAGACUUCAGCUGGAGUACAUAGAUGUUGUUUUCGCUAAUCGACCAGACCCUAACACUCCAAUUGAAGAGACUGUGAGGGCAAUGACUCAUGUGAUCAACAAGGGGAUGGCCAUGUAUUGGGGGACAUCACGAUGGACCUCCAUGGAGAUUAUGGAGGCAUACUCCGUGGCUCGACAGUUUAACCAGAUACCACCCAUCUGCGAACAGACAGAGUAUCACAUGUUCCAGAGGGAGAAGGUAGAAGUGCAACUCCCUGAACUCUUCCACAAGAUAGGCAUUGGAGCUAUGACAUGGUCUCCACUGGCCAGUGGAAUCAUCUCAGGGAAGUACAAUGGUGGGAUCCCGCCCUAUUCACGUGCCUCGCUUAAGGGUUAUCAAUGGAUGAAGGACAAGGUCCUGAGUGAGGAGGGGCACAGGCAGCAGGUGAAGCUAAAAGAGCUGCAGGCAGUUGCUGAGCGAAUGGGCUGCACUCUGCCCCAACUGGCUAUUGCAUGGUGCCUGAGGAACGAGGGGGUGAACUCUGUCCUGCUGGGAGCGUCCAGAACGGACCAGCUGAUGGAGAAUAUCAAAGCAAUACAGGUUCUGCCGAAGUUAUCACUGUCCAUUGCAUCUGAGGUGGAUAACCUGCUGGGAAACAAGCCCUAUAGUAAAAAGGACUUCAGAUCCUAG